CUACUUGACACCCGCAAUAUCAAUAUCAAAGAUUCACAACGCCUUCCAUGUCCAACUUCUGAAGCCCUAUCGAGACCCUAACACGGUCUUCACCAGACGCCAACCGCCGCCGCCGCCGCCGCCGCCGCCCGUCCUUGUCCACGAUGAACCUGAGUACGAGGUCGAGUCCGUGCUCGCACACCGCCGUCGUCGGAAUGGAACCGUGGAGCUUCUCAUUCGUUGGAAGGGUUAUGAUCCUUCUGAGAACACUUGGGUUCCUGAAUCCGAGAUGGGUAACGCUUGUCGUCCUCUUCGCAACUACCUUGUCAAGCAGGCACCAGACGACCCGACUCCACCACCACCCCCUCCCGCACCCCCGCCUCCCCCGCCGCGGCCCAACCUUGGGGCGGCGGCCCUUCCCCGAACGAAACUGCGCUGCAGCAGCAGUCUCAGCCACUGCGGCAGAGCCGUCGGAGAAGGUUAGGAUCCCCCACUAGCGCUUCC